GAGUUGCUGGUUGCAUGGCGCCACUGGCAGAAACAGAAGUCACCGAAUAGCUGCGUUGGCCUUGAAGCAUUUGGCCGAUGUCUUGCAGAGGUAGCCAGUACGGCAAGGACCGCACAUGAGGUAGUGGGCUUGGACAGUCAGAGCGCUUUGGCUGCCGCCCUGAAGCCGUUUGACAGGUUGCAGGGCCCACCCCGGGGAGCCUCCGUGACGUUGCACGGUACCUCGCCGGCCGAAGUAGCUGCUGAACUUGCUGGCGCAAAGGAAUUCCGGUCCAGGCUGGAGGCUGCCGUGGGCACGGAGAGUGCUGCGACACUGCUGCGAGAGGAGACGAUCGAGGCGUUGGCGGGCAAGUUGGUUCUAAAUGCAGCCAGCUUCGCAGUGCCGUUUAGAGAAGGCUCACCACCUCUACGCGCGGCCGGGGUCUUUGUGCUUUUGAGCACCAUGAACCACUCCUGCGCGCCUUCGGUGCGACUGGAGACGUCUGAGGACACCGGAUCUGAGGUGUCCAUGCUGACAACAAGAGACCUGGAGGCUGGCGAACCCUUGACCCUGGCAUAUGUCGAGCCAGAUUGGCCUGGAAACGAGCGCCGGCAUCAACUGUCGAGCCACUGGUUCUUCGAUUGCGAUUGCCCGCGGUGCGAAGCCGAAGGCCGCAUCGAGGAGGCACUUUGCGCAGGGUGA